AAGGCUACCUGUGAUUGUCCAUACAGCGUCACAACGUCGACUCCCCGGUACCUGACUGUUGACGCCGGAAAACAUCCGGGCCCCACCAACAACAGUCGAGCUUCUUCAACAUACUCGAUCUACUGAGAAAUAAGACAACCAUCUUCGCAACAGAUUGGCAAUUUAUCAACUGACGGGUGCCAACCCGGUCGCAGCGAUGAAACAAUCUAUACUGUCCCUUGCGACACUGUUCAUAUCCUCAUCGUGGUGUUUAGAACCAGAGCUCGCGCCAUUCACCCACCCAGCCACAGCUGCUUCUACCGCACUCCCAGAAUUUGCUCACGAUUUUGAGUUCUUUAAACGUGACGGCAACUGUCCCGCCAAUUACAAUACCUGCUCAAACGAAGGCAACUCAGGGAUAUGUUGCAGAUCGGGAACGACAUGCACGGUAGACGGAGCAAAUAACUACGCUUGCUGCCCGACAGGAGCAAAAUGCACAGGCACACUCGGUGCGACUGCUACUGGUGGUAAUGGCAAUUCAGGCUCUGCAACUACGAGUGGUUUCAUGUUUCCUCAAGGCACGACAUCGACAACGGCGUCGAGAGCGACCAUAACGGGAUCAACGAUACCAGGUGCAGCAUUCCCUUUUGUGUAUAUCCCGACGACUUUCAGCAACGCCGCGAGUUGCAACGAGUACAGCAGCUGUAUUGCCUCGCUCGGUGGGCAAUAUGGAGUGACUAUAGUGGGCGGUGGUGGAGGGGGAGUAACGGUUCAAGGCAAUACGGCGGCACCAUCUGCUUCCGCCGCGGUGUCGACCUGCUCGAGUCUGAGUCGGCAAGCUUGUUAUGGAUUGCAGGAAUCGUACUGUACCGCAUUUGGCACGUCGGGUGGGACAACAACCGGUGGUCAGUUUGUUGCAGGGAAUUAUGCGCCAACUCGGAAGUCGAGUCUUCAUGAGAUCUUACUUGCUGCGGCAGCUGGGGUUGUGGGAAUGUUUAUAUGAGCUUAUGAUGAUGAUCAUCGGGCAAUUGAGUGAUGCUUUCUUGAAUCUGUCUCUUCUU